GUUCUUAUUUUCUUGAUGUUUUUAGAAGGUUUGAAUAAGGAAAUUGAAUGGUUGGUUUGCAGUUCUGGUACUACUCAAGGGAAGCCAAAGUUUGUACCUUUCAAUGAUGAAUUGAUGGAGUCCACUAUGCAGAUAUUCAAGACCUCUUUUGCCUUUAGGAAUCGAGAAUUUCCAAUUGGAAAUGGGAAGGCUUUGCAGUUUAUUUACAGCAGCAAACAGUUCAAAACAAAGGGAGGUUUAGCAGCAGGAACAGCCACUACCAAUGUGUACAGAAAUGCACAAUUCAAGAAGACAAUGAAAACAAUGUGUACUCCAUGUUGUAGUCCUGAUGAAGUAAUAUUUGGUCCUGAUUUUCACCAAUCCUUAUACUGCCACCUUUUGUGUGGGCUCAUUUUCCGCGAUGAAGUUCAAGUUGUUUCGUCAACCUUUGCCCAUAGCAUUGUUCAUGCUUUCCGAACUUUUGAACAAGUAUGGGAAGCACUUGUUGUUGACAUAAGAGAAGGAGUCCUGUCGAGUAGAGUCACUGUCCCGUCCAUAGGAUUAGCCAUGUCAAAAUUGCUGAAGUCUGAUCCAGAACUAGCUGAUACAAUUUAUAAUAAGUGCUCAAGAUUAAGCAAUUGGUACGGUUUGAUUCCUGAACUCUUCCCAAACACAAGGUACAUAUAUGGUAUAAUGACAGGAUCAAUGGAACCUUACUUGAAGAAACUGAGGCAUUAUGCUGGGGAGUUACCUUUAUUAAGUGCAGAUUAUGGUUCUUCUGAAGGAUGGGUUGGAGUAAACGUUAACCCGAAAUUGCCCCCUGAACUAGUCACUUACGCAGUACUACCAAAUAUUGCUUAUUUCGAAUUCAUUCCUCUCGGGAGAAAUCUCAAUGGCAUGGAGCAAGCAAAUUCUCCUGUGGGUCUGACUGAAGUUAAACUUGGUGAAGAGUAUGAAAUUGUCUUUACCAAUUUUGCAGGUUUAUAUCGUUAUAGACUAGGUGAUGUGGUAAAGAUAAAAGACUUCCACAAUGGGACUCCAGAACUCCAGUUUGUAUGCAGAAGGAACCUUUUGCUGAGCAUUAACAUUGACAAGAACACAGAGAGAGAUUUACAACUAGCCGUAGAAGCUGCAGCAAAGCGCUUAGUAGACGGAAAACUAGAAGUGGUGGACUUCACGAGCCAUGUCAAUGUCUCGGCUGAUCCGGGACACUAUGUGAUCUUUUGGGAACUGAGUGGUGAAGCAAAUGGUGAAAUGUUGCAAGAUUGCUGCAACUGUUUGGAUAAGGCGUUUAUCGAUGCAGGCUAUAUGAGCUCCCGGAAAGUGAAUGCAAUUGGAGCACUUGAGCUGAGGAUUGUGAAGAGGGGAACAUUUCAUAAGAUAUUAGAUCAUUUUGUAGGAUUAGGAGGUGCAGUUAGCCAGUUCAAAACUCCUAGAUGUGUUGGUCCAAAGAAUAGCUCAUUGCUCCAAAUAUUGUCUAGUAAUGUUGUUGAGAGCUAUGUUAGUACUGCCUUCUGUUGAAUUAAGUUAAUAAUUCACAUAGUUCUUAUAUAUUUUUCCUUAAUCAAUCAAACAAGAAUUCAGUAUUUUUCA